GCAUGUGCAAGCCAGGUUGUGACAUCAUUAUGGGAAGCAAUAAUGCCUUGUCUAUAAUGUGACUUAACAACUGAAGUUUACACCAAGAUGCCUCAAAACAACAUCAGUGUGGAGCAAACAGCUCAUGGGACCCACCAAAGUUUGCCACACAAAUGUGUGCACAUGACUGGGAUAUUUGAAAAGGAAGGUGAAGCUACCAUGGAGCGGAAGAAGAAAAAGAAGAAAGAGCCAAGACCAGAGUCAAUUAUUAUCUAUCGCACAGGAGGCGAGAAGAUGGAAGAAGACCAGCAUGACCCAGACACCACAGCCAAGAUCACAGAGGAGCAGACUAACUUUCUGUGUCCUCCUAGUGUAGAAGGCUUCUUCAGGCUGUUGAUCGCAGAUGUUGUGUAACUGAUUCAAAAUAAAGC